AUGGCGUCCCCCGGCGGCCCCUUGGGCCUCCUGCUCAGGCUCCUGCUCCUCCAGCCCCGGCUCGUGAGCCGACCAGGAUGCGGCCAGAGGUCUAUGAGGAUAGCCAGUGGAUUGCCCACCGCAGAGCGGAAGUGGCCCUGGCAGGUGAGCCUGCAGAUCAAUGACAGACACAUAUGCGGAGGCUCUCUCAUUGCCAGUCGGUGGGUGCUGGCCGCUGCCCACUGCAUAAUUAGCCACGAGGAAUAUACAGUGAGGCUGGGAGACAAACUGGUACAUUCUCAUUCCGAAACAACGCUGCUGGUUCCGGUGGAAGACAUCGUUUGCCAUCACUUUUACGACAAUAGAGCUUUGAGACAUGACAUCGCCCUCAUUCUGCUGGCCUUCUCGGAUUACUCCUCGUACAUCCAGCCUGUGUGUCUCCCUGAAAGGUCUCUCCACGUGGAAAGUGGGACAAAAUGCUGGGUGACUGGCUGGGGCCAACUGGCAGCAGGUGAGACUGCACCCGUGUCAGUUCGUCUUCAGGAGCCCGAGCAACUCAUUCUUCGCUACAAGAAAUGUAACAAGAUGCUGCGGACAUGGUUACGAACAUUUCGCAACCGAGUGAAAAAAGGGAUGGUCUGUGGCUAUCGAGAAGGGAAGAGUCUCUGCAAGGGAGACUCUGGGGGGCCCCUGGUCCGUGAACUUAAUGAAACAUGGGUCCAGGUGGGGAUUGUGAGUUGGGGCAUUGGCUGCGGUCGCAGAAAUUAUCCUGGAGUUUAUACAGAAGUUAGUUUCUACAAGGACUGGGUCAUUGAUCACCUGAGUCAGGCUUGCUCUUGGGACUCAGCAGGCUCCUUCCCACUUCUGUGUCUGCUGCUGCCCCUGGGCAUCCUGGUGGCCCCGUGAUCACCCCGGCCCACCCCCCUCCUGUUUCCGGGUC